AUGGAUGUAUGUGAGAUUAUUGCUUGGUGUAAAGAGAAGAAUGUUGCGCUUGAGAAUGCUGUUGUUUUAAGCAAUGUGCCACUAGACAUUACAGACAUAGUUGUGUAUAGGAUGCUAGACACAGUUAAGGGAACCGCUAUUAUUGGAAUUCCUGAUGAAAUAGGCCCAUGGCCCACUCAAGUACUUAGUGCUACAUCCCCUUCAUCUGGCAGUAGUAAAGGUGAAGAGUUCCAUACUAAGCUUAUGUCUUUCUUACAACAUGAGGGAAAAUCUUUAGCUGACCUACAAAAUGUAGCUUCCCCAGCUCUCACACUUAACACUGAGUUAGUUAGCGCAAUUAACUCACUAGUUCAGAAAUGCCAAGCUACCUCACCAGUAGAAGCAAAGAAUUACAGGAAACUGUGCACAUUUUCUGGACUGACUCCUACACCAAAUGGGGAGGAAGACAAUGAGGUAUGGGCUGAACACACUACAUAUAUUCUCGAAGAAUGGCAGUGUUCUGACAAUGUGAAGAAACAGAGACUAAUGGAAUACCUUAGAGGGCACACAGUAGAUAUUGUGAGGUUUGCAAAGGUUGAAAAUCCUUCAGCUACUUCUUGUGACUACCUAAAGGCUCUAGAUACAGCAUUUGGUCCCACAGAUAAUGUAUCUGAUCUGAUGUUGAAGUUCAGAAAUACCUUCCAAGGAAAAGGGGAAAUGCUAUCUGUGUAUAUAAUCAAGCUAGAUAAGCUUCUAUACAGCGUUCUACGAAAAGGGGGACUGAAGUCUUCUGCAUUGAAUUGCCUUAGUAUUGGCCAAAUAAUUCAAGGGGCUCGUCCAGAUGACAUGGCACUGUAA